CACCUUCUCCAUCUCCUCCACAUCCUCUUUUGCGUGUUACUCGUGGCCCUGAAGCAGCAUGAGAGUCAAUCUACAAGGGAAUUUCAUGUAAAAGCGGCUCAUGGAUGAAUUGGCUUCCAAGCAGUUCUUUCAGCGGGAGCAGUGAGGAGAUGGUUGCUAACAGAGUGAUAAGAAGUGAUUCAUCCUAUGCAGCCUUGAGGAUCAACACUUUCUUUCCAACUGGAGUUGCUGAAACUUUACAGAAACUAAAACCGCUUCCUUUUUGUUUUGCAGAUUUCUCUAAAGCUUAGAGCUUGAGAGGUCAUUGUCGGUGAACUGUGAUUAUUCCUCCAACGAACAAGAAGCUCUUCUUUUGCAAAAAAGUCUGAGCAGAAUCUUCGAAGUACCUCAGCUGGUUUGUCAUACAGACGUUAAACAGCUGUUGUUUCUGCCACCUCGUCUUGAGGGGGAAAAAAAGCUACAGGAUGCAGCACUCAUACCUCCCUGACAAACUUGUUUGCAUAAAAGAUCCUCGUUCUUAGCAACUGUUGAGGAUGAGAGAUGGCGUGGCGACCUACCUGUAUUUGACAAGUGUGUUUUUCACCUCGUUGGAGAGAGGCGCACAGAGGGAAAAAAAAAAAGUCUACGAGAGGCAACAGGGGAGGGGAAAAACCAGCCAAGAAAAGGUGCGAAGCAAACGCUUUGAAAGGGAAAAUGACUCGCAGAGCGGGCAGACGGGACUGAGUAAAUCGCUGCCGGACAAAAGGAGGAGCGGGGGGUAAAAAUAACGAUUUACUAAAACGCCCUUUUAGUUUUGGAGCAUUGUGUUUGGUCUGAGCCAUCAAGGGGUAACCACCUCGUCUUCAUGGGGACAAAAAGAGGAAACUAACAUCUAUAAGAAAACGAAUAGAAAAAGACGAUGGAUCUCCAAAACAACACUUCCAGCAAUACGACACAUGCUCACAGCCUUUGGGAGGUCAUAACCAUCGCUUCAGUGUCGGCCAUCGUCAGUCUGAUAACUAUAGUAGGAAAUGUACUGGUGAUGCUGUCAUUCAAAGUAAACAGCCAGCUGAAGACUGUAAACAACUACUACCUGCUUAGUUUGGCUUUUGCUGAUCUCAUUAUAGGAGUACUAUCUAUGAACCUUUACACCACCUAUAUUCUGAUGGGCUACUGGUCCUUAGGGAACAUUGCAUGUGAUCUCUGGCUGGCAGUGGAUUAUGUGGCCAGCAAUGCUUCAGUCAUGAAUUUACUUGUGAUUAGCUUUGACAGAUACUUCUCCAUCACAAGGCCACUGACUUACAGGGCAAAAAGGACUCCAAAGAGAGCUGCCAUAAUGAUUGGUCUGGCUUGGCUGGUGUCUUUUGUCCUUUGGGCACCACCUAUUCUAUGCUGGCAGUACUUUGUGGGAGAGAGAAAAGUUCCUUUGGACCAGUGCCAAAUCCAGUUUUUAACAGAGCCAGUCAUUACAUUUGGAACAGCUAUUGCUGCUUUCUACAUCCCGGUCUCGGUUAUGACCAUCCUUUACUGCAGGAUCUACAAGGAGACGCAAAAACGGACAAAGGACCUCGCCGAGCUUCAAGGACUCACAACGGGAAAUGUCCCAGAAGGGUCUAAACCGCAGAAGACAAUGAUUCGUUCUUGUUUUCAUUUCCCCAGAGAGAGAAGAGACCAGAGUCAGGCCUCCUGGUCUUCGUCUAAUCAAAGUAAUGUUACUAAAGUGACCACCAGGUCGGAUGAAGCAUGGGCGAAAGCUGAUCAGAUUACCUCUUUUAACAGCUACACAUCAUCAGAAGAGGAUCAUGUUUCAAUAGAAACCCCACAAGGAUCGUUCAAAGAGCAGCAGACCAGACAAAGUAAUAAGAAUGGGGAGGUUCCAGAUUAUAUAGAGGAGGAGUAUUGUUCCACCCCUCAGAAGAAGAACCAUAAAAGCUUAAUCUCUUACAAAUUUAAACGGACCCCAAAGGGUAAAAAUGACAGUCCAGCAAGUCCAAAACCAUGCCCUCCAGAGCCAGAGCGGUCAUCCAAAAAGGCCUCCACCUCUUCGUCCUCCACCACUUCCAAGCCCUUAGACUCUGCCCUGAAGAACCAGAUCACCAAGAGGAAGAGGAUGGUGCUUGUGAAGGAGAAGAAGGCAGCCCAGACCCUUAGCGCCAUCCUCCUGGCUUUUAUCCUCACAUGGACACCAUACAACAUCAUGGUGCUCAUCUCCACCUUCUGCGCUGAGUGCAUCCCUCUGUCUCUCUGGCAUUUGGGCUACUGGUUGUGCUACGUAAACAGCACCAUCAACCCAAUGUGCUACGCUCUGUGCAACAAAACCUUCCAGAAGACCUUCCGCAUGCUUCUGCUCUGUCAGUGGAGGAGGAAACGGCGAGGCAAGGACAAGCUGUGCUGGAGCGCCCAGAAUCCAAAUGUCAACAACAAAAUGAACUGAUGAGUUGGUUAACAGUUUAUUACCAACACGUAUGUGUUUGUUGAUACUUACUAGUGUUUGUCUGCAGAGUAAUGUGCUGCAGGUGAUUUUUGAAUUUAAUAUGUUGGUAGAGAAUAUGUUGGAAAAUGAACGGAAGUCAAAAUGACUGGAAACAACUUUCUACAGCACAUAAAAGUAGAUUCAGCACCCCUCAC